GAACAUUUGCGUAUCUGUGAUCGAGGCAUGACGUGUUGCACGACAGAUAUGGAACACAGGCUAAGUACGCACAGUCGAGCCGAAUUCGAUCGUCUGUUAAGAGACACCAUUGGUCAGCUCAGGACGACCUUUGGGGCACAAGCACAAAAGUUUGAUGAGUUUUUCAAGGAGCUUCUUCGAACGUCGAAAAAGGAUUUCCACGAAAUGUUUCUUCGCACUUACGGUAUGCUGUACGACAGGAAUUCUUUCAUAUUUAAUGACAUGUUCAACGAUCUUGAAAAGUAUUAUUUAACGGGUGGUGUGGACCUCACAGCAGCUCUGGACAGCUUUUUCGAUCGUUUGUACAGAAAAAUGUUUCAGGUGCUAAACAGUCAAUACAGCUUCAAUGAUCUAUACAUGAACUGCAUCAGCCAACAAAUGGACGAGCUAAAGCCAUUCGGAGACGUGCCAAAGAAACUCACCGUCGAAGUGAAACGAUCCUUCGUGGCCACCAGGACGUUUGUGCAAGCCCUUUCCAUAGGAAGAGAUGUUGUUAAGUUUGUGCAAGAGGUUGGCCCGACCGCCGAGUGCAGCCGUGCCCUGAUGAAGAUGACGUACUGCCCGCACUGUCGAGGACUAGCGGACACUAAACCCUGCUCCAAUUAUUGCCUAAACGUGAUGCGCGGAUGCCUGGCUUACCAUGCAGAAUUGCAUCUCGAGUGGAAUAAUUAUAUAAACGCCAUGAUGAUGCUGGCCUCUCGUUUGGAGAGCUCCUUCAACAUCGAGUCAGUGGUGGAUCCGAUCGACAUCAAAAUUUCGGACGCCAUCAUGAAUUUUCAGGAAAAUGGUCAAGCGGUCUCCCAAGAGCUCUUCAAGCACUGUGGCAAACCUCGCCUCGGCAAACGCGAUGCCCGACACGAGCUCAACUUCGAAACUUUGAAAUUUGGUCAUCGCGAAAACGCAGUCCGUCCAACUACAGCGGCAGGUACCAGCAUCGACCGCCUGGUUCAAGGUAUAAAGAAGAAAAUCAAGAAAACUAGGAACUUCUGGGUUCAGCUGUCCAAGACCAUGUGCAACAAUCCUCAAAUGGCUGGAGACAACAAGGUGCUACCGCAGGAUGACUGUUGGAACGGACUAAAUAAAGCAAAGUAUGAAACGGAAUUGAUAGGAGAAGGCCUCGCCAACCAGACAAGAAAUCCGGAAGUGAAUUUAGAUGUGUCUCGACAGAAUUCCCUCAUCAACCAGCAGAUCCUCACCCUGAAACUCAUCACAACCAAGCUGACGCACGCUUACAAUGGGCUCGAUGUAGAAUGGCAAGACGCAAGCGAUUCAGAUUGGAGUUCAAGUGGAAGUGGCAGCGGCAGCGGAUUUGGCGAGGAAGAACCCACUGACAGUUUUGGCGAUAUUUAUUUCUCCACGCCAUCUUCGCCAACGCACUUGAUUCCCGAUCACCGAACACCGCCAAAAGUUUCUUCAUCAUCUACUAGAUGGCAGCACGAUACUCUUAUUAUGUUCGUUCUUCUCAUCUCUCCUCUCGUUUGGAAUGUACUGCAGUUUACAAAGCCUCCUUCAUACGUUUAACGAAGACUGCAUAUUUAGGCUUCGGAUCUCAAAUAAGUGCUUCCUAACUGUGCUAAAGAGCUCUUGAAAUGAUGCCUUGUUAUGGACACACGAAGACUUUCUUUCGAACAUUUUACGAAAGCAAUCUUCUAUUUUUUUUCCUCAAACAAAACACAGUAAGAAGUAUUUCAAUGUGAUGUAAAUAGUAAACGAUACGCUUUACCCUCGUACUACACUGCAUUCCAAUUGCUCAAUACGUACAAAUAUUUAUAUAUGUAGUUAAAACAAAAAAUUAUUUUCCCUUUUUUUUUCUUUCUUUGGCAUAACGUUUUGUUUAGUAGUAGUCAAAGUUGCAGGGCAUCUAUUGAAAUUCCUCCUUCCUCCGUCACUACACUCAAGAGGCAAGCUAAUUUAAUACUAGUUAUGCAACUACUUUAAUGUGUAUUGCUUUUAUGAAGAUGACUACAAAAGUAUUUGAAUUGCGUUUCGUUUUCUUUUCUUAUUUUUUUCUUUUGGAAUGUAUUCUACUUUUUCUCUAAAAACUCUUACGUCGAAAAUACAUAUCAUAUUUAUAGAACCUAGUUUUCAUGUAUUUCAAUUGUACAAACUUUUCCUCGAUUCCAAAUUUCCAUAUUGUAUACUACUACGUACUAUUUUAAAUGCUACGCUAAAUUACUCCUAAAUGAGAAUAGGUAGUCUU